AACUAUAAAAUCCCAUAACCAAAGAUUACCACAAAUACGGAAAUACCCCUCCCUCCUUUCAGCUAACAAAAAAAGGCGCGAGGGUGGGAAGGGGCAAUACCGUAACUUCACACACUCGCCGGAAAAAUGACUUCCGACGCCGGAGUUCCGCUACUUCCGACGAAAAUCAAGAAGAAUGAAGGAGAAGCGUCGAUUUCAGGCGCAGUUUUUAAUGUUUCCACCAGCAUUGUUGGCGCCGGAAUUAUGUCAGUUCCGGCGACGUUGAAGGUGCUCGGAGUUAUUCCGGCGUUUUUUCUCAUUAUUGUUGUGGCAUUAUUAGCGGAUAUAUCUGUCAACUUUUUGCUCCGGUUUACUUAUUCCGGUGAUUCUACUGCCGAAACGGCGACGUAUGGUGGUGUUAUGAGGGAGUCGUUUGGAUGGGUCGGGUCUUUCUUGGUUCAGAUUUCAGUGAUUAUCUCUAAUUGGGGUUGCUUGAUCGUUUAUCUGAUCAUUAUAGGAGAUGUCCUCUCUGGAAGUGAUAGUGGAGAAUCCCUUCAUUUGGGAGUCUUACAAGAAUGGUUUGGUUCUCAUUGGUGGAAUGCUCGGCCAUAUGCGCUUCUCUUCAUUGUUGUCUUCGUUCUUCUACCUCUAGUCCUCUUUCGGCGUGUUGAAUCCUUGAGGUUUUCCUCUGCAGUAUCGGUCUUCCUAGCUGUGGUGUUUGUUUGCAUAAGCUUCGUGAUGGCAAUCUCUGCUCUCUUUCAUGGAAAAACUGAGAAGCCUAGAUUGUUUCCUGACUUGGAUGGUCAAUCCUCAUUCUUCAAUCUCUUCACUGCCGUCCCAGUAAUAGUAACAGCAUUUACAUUUCACUUCAAUGUACAUCCAAUCAGCUCAGAACUCGGCAAACCUUCAAAGAUGAAAGUAGCAACGAGAAUUUCUCUUGUACUUUGCGCUGUCAUCUACUUCUCUGUUGGCUUCUUUGGAUACCUUCUAUUCGGGGAUUCCAUUGCAUCCGACAUACUAGUAAACUUUGACAGCUCUUCUACGAGCCCUUUACUCAACGAUGUAGUACGAUUGAGCUAUGCUCUUCACCUUGUCCUAGUCUACCCUCUGCUUAACUUCUCUCUGAGAGGAAACAUUGACGAACUUUUGUUCUUUAAGAAGCGUGUUCUGGCUAGUGGCAAUAACUUCACAUUCAUUUCUCUCACUUCAAUUUUGCUGGCAUUAUCCUACUUGGCUGCGAUUGCCAUUCCCGAUAUAUGGGUUUUCUUUCAGUAUGUUGGAUCAACUACUGUCAUCUCAAUUGCAUUCAUUUUCCCUGCCGCCAUCACUUUGAGAGAUGUUCGCGGUAUAUCCUCAACACGAGAUAAAGUUAUUGCAGUGAGUAUGGUGAUUUUGGCAGUGGUCACAAGUACAAUUUCUAUCACGGCAAAUAUUUAUAGUUGAAGUGGACACUCUCAAUCACAGUUUUUGGCUAGAUUGUAUGAUAUGUGAUAUAGUGUAUACAUAUAUACUGAAUGGGGAAGCUAUAAGUGUGGCUGAUUUAUAGUCAAUGUGUAUUCAUUUGUAGAUAUAGUAGCUCCACUUUGGAAUGGUGGUUUUGUUGUAUGUACAUGCAACUGUUGGUCUUGCAGGAGAGAAAAGGGUAACUGUAUCUCAGUAUCUGUCCAAUUCAGUCACUUGAUACUUUUGACUUUUGAGUUUUGCCAAGUUAAUUUAAGAUUGUAUUGACUUUUGAGUUU